AUGCCUGGAGAUCUUACCUCGUCAAAAUGGCACGUGAAGCAGUCUCUUCCUCUUCCCAAUCGAAAGCUUUGUCUAAUGUCAGCACAGAUCUUCGCUGUCGGCUCCCUCCUGCGUCAGGCAAAGCUCGACGGCUCCACGCGACAGCAGCAUCACAACCUGAUGCUCCAAGCGCAGGCCGAUCAGACCAUACUGACGGAUCAUUCGCACAAGCCUCUAGUUCGCCUCCAAGCAAUGCUUCUGUACGCUAUUCACGCGCUGCACGGCGAAAGCACUCCCCGACUGGGACACAUCAUUGGCGUGGCCAUGCGCUUCGCAGUGAUGAAAGGCUUCCACCGUCUUGUGCAUGACGGAACCGCCGAGACUGCAAUGGCCAUCAAAGCUUGGUGGUGUAUCUACAUGUAA